AUGUCUGACAUCUUAGUACGGAACAGACUAACACGCUUUCUCGCUUCCAGACGAGAAGUAAUUCAAAAACUGAAGGAGUUACGUGAUGAAAUUCAAGAAGAAGAGAGACGUCGUCGUAUUGGAAAUAUAGCAUAUUCCUCAACUGGGGUAAUUGCUGGAGGUUUAACAAUCGCUGGAUUAGCUCUUAUACCUUUUACAUUUGGAGCGUCGUUGGGAUUGACGAUUGCAGGAGCAGCAACUGGUGCAGCAUCGGGAAUAGCAGGCAUAAGUCAUGGCAUAGCAGCUCAUGUAAUUAUCAAGAAUAAAAGUGAGGAGGCAGAAAGACUUUUAAAAGAACACAAAAACGAAAUGGAGAGUCUUGAAAGUUUGAUAAAUCAGACUUAUUUCGUUAUAAGCACAAGCCUGCAAAGUGCCUCGUUGGUGAAAACGAUCACGAACAUGUCAAUGAAGUCGGCAACAAUGCAAGCAUUUAGAACAUCCAGGGCAGUUGAUGCGGUCGAGUCUGUGGCAACAACUGUUGCAACAACUUCCUCAAAGGUUUUUACCAUUGCGGGUGGUGUCAUUGCUGGAAUCAGUAUCGUUAUCGAAAUUGGGAGCAUUUUCAAUAACAGUAGCAACUUGGCUAAUAAUGUUCUUCACGAAAAUGUAGUAGCGCUUAACAGAGUCAUUGAGAGACUAGAAUCCGAACUUCAAAAAUGGAAUGACUUUUAA